GAGCUCCGGUGGGGUAGGCUGGAUUGUGAUAGCGACAGAUGUCUAGAAAACUGCGAGGGGCACUCCUCACUUACACCACAGUCCCACACUGCACCUCGGAGAGCAGGGGCGGAAUCUGCAGCUGUCACUCCAAAGAGGAAGGGGUUACCUCCAUUAUCACAUCCAGCCGGGAGCUUUGGGCGAGAGGCGCGAGUGAUCACUCUCUGGAAACACAGGAGACACUAUGGGAGGCAAACUGAGCAAGAAGAAGAAGGGAUAUGAUGUGAGUGACCCCAAACAGGCCAACGAUGAGACUGCAGCUGCAGGUGCAGAGGAGUCUGCUAAAGUGGGCGCUGCAGCCCCACCCACGAAUGCUGAGGUGACAGCUGAGGCAAACAAUGUGGAAGCAGCAACUGAAGCUGUUAAAGCUCCAGAAGAGCCCAAAACUGCACCUCCUGAGGAACCAGUUGCGUCACAGGAGGCAGCUCCAGUAGAGACAGCUCCUGCAGCAAAAGAGGACGCUGCUCCAGUGGCAGUGGAACCAGCUGCAACCGAGGAACCUGCAGCUCCAGUAGUAGAAGAAGCAGUUGCAACAGCAGUAGAGGCAGCUCCAGUAGAGGUACCAGUUGUAGAAGAACCUGCUCCAGCACCAGAGGAACCUGCUCCAGCACCAGAGGAACCUGCUCCAGCAUCAGAGGAACCUGCUCCAGCACCAGAGGAACCUGCUCCAGCAUCAGAGGAACCUGCUCCAGCACCAGAGGAGCCAGCCUCAGUUGUAGAGGAAAAAGCUCCAGUAGAGGAACCAGAUGUUCCAGCAGCAGAAGAAGAGCCUGUGCCUGAACCUGAGCCUGUAGCUGUACCUGAAGAAGUUGCUGUACAAGAACCUGCUGCAAUUGUAGAAUCUUUGCCUGAGCCAGAGGUUGUUCCUAUCAGCAUGGAAGAAGCACCCAAGGCUGCUGAGCCAGAGCCCAUCGUAGAGACUGUUACUGAGCCAGCCGCUGCUGUGGAGGAGACAGUGCUGCCCACUGCUGUCCCUGAACCUGAGCCAGUGGCCGAGCCAGUGCUUGAGCAAGUCCCAGAACUGGAGCAAACCCUAAAACCAGAGCCAGAACCUGUACCAGAGCAAGUCCCAGAGCCAGAGCAAGCGCCAGAGUCGGAGCCAGAGCAAGUGCUAGAGCCAGAACCUGAGCAGAAGGUUGAUGCAGUAGAAUCUCCAGCAGAGGAAAAAGUUGAUGAAGUUGAGCUACAACCAGUUGUUGCCACAUCUGAACCCGAGACCGUGGAAGCAGAAAUAUCUGAGGUCUUGGAGACUGAGGCAGAGGCGGUCCCCAAUGAUCAGGAAUCUGUUGCAACAGACGCCUCCAGCGCCGAGGCGGCAGCUGAGCCAGAAGCAGAAGAACCUGUCCCUGAGAUUGUCGUCUCAGAGUCUGUGUCUGCUAACGAAAUUAGUGCUGAGUCCGAAGUGGUAGCCGAAGCAUCUAUGGAAGAGGUGCCUUCCCAGGAGCCCGAGCCAGAAUGUCAGAUGGAAAAUGGAAAUGUAGAGAGUCCCUCUGUUACAGAGGAUGUGGAGGAUGCACCCCCAGCUGUGAAUGGAGAGUGCACAGAUUCCGCUGUCACACAUACAGAGGAAUGUGUUAAUGGCGAUGAAAAGCCAGAGGAGACGCCCAUCAAGGAGAAGAGUGACUUUGAACUGAAAAAGGAUGUGAGCCUAGAUGGGGAUGUCCAGGAAGUUCCCGAUGGAGUCCCUGACAUGGCGGGCGAACUCGGCACUGAGGUCACCCAGGCAGUCUGAAAAGAAGCGACCUUUCAAAUCAUUGUGAAUUCCGUUGAAUCCUCCACUGCGAGAAAGCCAUCAAGGUAUCACAAAAACAGCUAGGCUUUCUGGAAUGCUGUAACCACCGCAAUGUCUACAGUGGUAACUCAGGCAAAAGGAUGUUUUUCUUUUGAGUAACCAAAAAUGAAAUGCAACCACUUGAGGAUAGAAAGAGAGGCAGACAGAAAGAGAGAGAGAAAGGGAGAGAUAGAUAGAUGGAAGUGCAGAGAGGAGACUUGAGUUUGGAGUUUGGAGGUGAGUGCAGACGAACAGUGAACCUGGACAGCGAAGCAAAAACAGUUCUGGACAGUAACUGUGAUAUUAACGAAUGAAACAAAUUAAUCUGUCAUUGUGUGUGUGUGAGCCAGAUGAAUAUUACAAAGCGGUUUUCUUGGAACAGCAUCCAUUACUAGUAUGUUAUCUGAUUUAGAAUGUCGUAUAUCCUUUCUAUUACUAUAUGCAGAAACCUGGCAUAAAUGUUUUGGCCUUUUAUAAUAAUGGUACCUGUAAAGACUGUUCAUUUUAAAUUGAUUGUUCGGAAUAGAGAAUAAAAAGAGAUUGUUAUAGCCUACA